GCUUCCGGACGUGUGAAAGUACACGGUGAGCUCUUCAAAAGCUUCCGUACACAAAGUGGUGUCCGUCAGGGAUGCCCACUCUCCCCAUUCCUGUUUAACUUUGUGAUCGAUGAAAUCAUGAGACAAACGCUGGAAGGUCUCCAAAACCCUGGUGUUCGAAUAGCCUGUGACGAAAACUUUGUCGACUUGGAAUAUGCAUACGACAUCGUUCUCGUGUUCGAAGAGGAUAAGGCGCAGGUGUUUGUGGAUGAAUCAUUCAUAGUCAUACAGUGUUUUGGUAUGCACUUCACACCCACAAAACGUAAGGUCAUCCUCGUGGACGUGCAGCCUUUGCUUGAAUCAUGGUUGUACGGCAGUGAAGCAUCAGUGUUGAACACUGAUGUCAUGCUGUCGAUGGUGAUGAUGGUGAUGAGCUGGUCAACCUUGGACCUGACGAAAGUUUUACCGGAACAAAUCAAUGCCGGACGAAUAGUGUGCAACGUGGAAAUUAACGGUCUGGCUAACCGUUCAUCCCACCCCAAAUCUUCUGUCAGCAAAGAAGCCCAGUGUUUGUCUUCCAAGCUACAGCAACUGGUUGAGACUGUUGUUUGCUCCGAUGCUGCAAGUCAACUCAAUAUUUUCAGUGAUAGUGACCAAAUGUCCCAGCCGGUCGCAUCCUACAUCCUCAAGUUGGAUGUGAUCGUUCUGCAUGACGAUGGGUGUUUGUUGGAUGCAUGUAUACCAGCAGCAUUGACUGCUCUGAAGCAGGCACGCUGGCCAAAGUUAAUCGCGCUCUCAGUAGAUCACCGGAAUACUUCCUGUCUAGAGCAGUAUGCCCCAUCGCCUUCGGGCGAUUAUGUGUCGCUGCAUCUCAUCGAGCUCCCUAUUCCGAUUCGUCAGUUGCCUCCUCAGCGUACUACCACGGAAAUGCAACGUGUCAUCGGUAUGUUUGCAUAUUACGCUCAUUGGAUUUCCUCAUUUUCUGACAAAAUCAACAAACUGGUAAAGAAUAAAACAUUCCCUCUACCUGCUGACGUCGAGUUGGCCUUCGACAACCUAAAGAACGAACUAGAAAAUGCUACUACACUAAUUACAAUAGAUUAUAACGAGCCUUUGGUUGUUGAGACGGAUUCCUCCGAUGUGGCUAUAGCCGCAUCCCUAAGCCAAAACCGUCGACCGGUGGCCUUUUUCUCGAGGACACUCAAUCCGAGCGAGAAGAAUCAUUCUGCCAUCGAGAAGGAGGCCUACGCUAUCGUUGAAUCCAUCCGGAAAUGGCGGCAUUAUCUACUCGGAAGACCCUUCAAACUGAUCACCGAUCAGCGUUCAGUCUCAUUCAUGUACGGCGGUGGACAGAAGGGUAAAGUGAAAAACGACAAGAUACAACGAUGGAGGAUUGAGCUGUCCGAGUACAAAUAUGAUGUCAUAUACCGACCUGGCAAGGACAAUCAUGUCGCCGACACUCUGUCACGAAACGUAUGUGCUUCCAUGGGGAGCAAUAACCAACUCGGAGAGCUCCAUAACUCCCUCUGCCAUCCAGGCAUUACCCGUAUGUUUCAUUUUGUGCGUUGCAAGAAUCUCCCCUACUCCGUCGACGAUGUCAAGCGCGUCAUUUCCUCCUGCAAAGUGUGUGCUGAACUGAAGCCAAGAUUUUGGAAAUCCUCUGGUAGACUCAUUAAAGCAACACAACCUUUUGAACGUCUGAGUUUGGAUUUUAAAGGUCCUUUGCCAUCUAAUACACGCAACCGCUACUUACUCACUAUAAUUGACGAGUUCUCUAGAUUCCCAUUUGCAUUUGCGUGUGCGGAUAUGACCUCGGCAACUGUGAUUGACUGUCUCACACAAAUCUUCUGUCUGUUCGGAAUGCCAGCCUAUAUCCAUUCCGACAGAGGCUCAUCGUUCAUGUCGUCUGAGAUCAAUAGCUUUCUUCUGGAGAAAGGUGUUGCUAUGAGUCAUACAUCAGCUUAUAAUCCACAGUGUAACGGUCAAGUUGAGCGUCUCAACGGUACUCUCUGGAAAACAAUAAGCUUAGCGCUGAAAUCUCACAAUCUCCCGCCUUCCCGUUGGGAAUCAGUACUCCCUGAUGCUCUACACAGCCUCCGAUCAUUGUUAUGUACAGUCACUAAUUGUACUCCACACGAACGUUUGUUCCAAUACGCACGUCGAUCAACAUUUGGAAUAUCGUUGCCAUCUUGGUUGACCACCCCUGGUCCAGUUCUGCUGCAACGAGGUGAUAGGUCAUCCAAGUACCAACCACUAGUAGAAGAAGUUGACCUUCUGAACUGCAACCCACACUACGCACACAUUGCUCAUCGAGACGGAAGAGUCGAAACCGUGUCCCUUCGCCGUCUAGCCCCAGCUGUUCAGAGUACAACUGACAAUGUUCUCAAUCUGUCUGAAUCCAACGAGGAUACCGAACACCCAGAUACGACUGAACUAACCGGACGCCAGCCCGAUAGCUCUCAAGCAUCGGAAUCUUCUUCUGUACCGUCUUCCGAACACCAACCGAGUUAUCCUUUGAUUCUAGAACAACAGCGACGCAUUCAUCCUUACAGUUUGAGGAACAGAGAAGCUUGA